CGCCGCCGCCGCCGCCGCCGCAUUCCUUUCUUCUUCAGUUACCUAUACGUACACACCGUACACAUCGUACACAUAUAUUCACGUUUAUAACAUAUAUUAUUACGAUAAUGUUUAUACCUGUACACCCCGUAUCACGUUAACGUUCCGAGUGCGAUAUAUAUACACAUAUGCGUGCGUAUAUAUACAUAUUAUAUUAUAUUAUUAUUACAUAUGUAUGAUAUGUAUAUGCGUGUAUAUCACGGUAUAAAUAUUUUUUUAUGACGGCAGACCGCGAUUAAGUCUGUUACGCGUGUUAUUUUGAUUUAAUAUUAUUAUUAUUAUUAUUAUUACUAUUACUAUUAUUAUUACUCUUAUUAUUAUUAUUAUUAUUAUUAUUAUUAUUAUUGUUGUUGGUCGUUACAAAUAAUUAUACUAUAAUAUACGAUAUUACAAUUAAAUACUAUUUAACAUUAAUAUUAUUAAAACAAUAAUAACAAUCGUUUAGAGAAUGCGCGUCGUCGAUUAAUUCCUACAAUCUAACUAACGGGCUUCCACCGAAACGACUCUGUGCCGUUAAUGUACACAAACAGUAUACGACAACCAUAGCAGGACGUUCAUCAACCAUGUCAAUGAGCUAGUCAGACGACGCGCACACCACACACGAUAUUAUGCAGCAAACGCAACAGCACUUUUCGGCCACCGAAUACGAACUUCAGCAGCAGCAGCCACAGUACCUGGGUAAACACGAUGCCGCUGUCAAGUACAUGCAACAGCUCGGACUGCACAAGCAGAACAUCAAAGUCGAUUCCGAGAUAAGGCCUUGCCUAGUUGCUGACAAUGUGAUCAGCGACCAAAACAGCAGUUGCGGCAGUCCACCCCUGUCCAUUGUAGUCAAUGGUGAUGAGCAACACAGUUCCAGUACUCCUGUACCAACGUCCACAUCGGUGUCUCGAUCUAAACCUCAAGCUUGUCGCAUAUGUGGACGUGUUCUAGCAUCAACUUCAUCAUAUUAUGUACAUCUAAAAUCACAUUCGAACAACAAACCUUACCGUUGUACACAAUGUGAAGCCUGUUUUUGCCGUAAACCGUAUUUAGAAGUUCACAUGAGAACUCAUACCGGUGAGCGGCCUUAUCAAUGUAAUUUGUGCCUAAAGAAGUUUUCUCAAAAGAGUAGCCUAAACAUUCACAAAAGAGUGCACACUGGCGAGCGUCCUUAUUCGUGUGACAUCUGCAAAAAAACAUUUGCAGUUAAAAGCUAUGUCAUUUCUCACAAAUGGAGUCAUAUGACAGAAAAACCGUUUGUAUGUGAACAAUGUCAGCUAUCAUUUAACUCUAAGAUCCAAUUUGUAACGCACCUUAGAUCUCAUGACUUGGGACCAGCACAUUGUUGUCAAUUUUGUGGUAAAGCCUUUGUGAAAGGAUGCUUUUUAGUCAGACACAUCAAUAAAGUCCACCGAUUCAAUGUUGCUGCAGCAGCAGCAGCUACUGACCACGAGCCAGUACACAGUUCCUACAUGCAAUCAGACACCAACUAUUCUAGCAUAAGAUUUGAUCCUCGUGAAAUCAGCAUAUUGCCAACCACCAAGAACGGCCCUCGCUUCUUGGGGCCUCCACCGCAUAAUGCCGAUGGUCCACCACCAUUAACCCACCUAACACCCAUGAUGUUGGGUCCACCACAAAACACACGAGCCUAAACCUAUUCUAUGUUUAAUAAGUAGGUACUUCUAAAGAGUUAAAAAGUGUUAAUAGUCUUGUUUCAUUAAGUUAUAUAAAUUAGGUUUACUAUAAAACAUCUUUAUCAAACAUAGAUAGAUAUUAGUGACAUCAUUAUUUCUUGAUAUUUGGUCCAACAAAUUUAUUUAAUGAAAUUUUAAGUUAAAUUUUGUAUCAUUAAAAUAUUUGUAGGUAAUAUUAUGUUGUAUAGCAUUUGCAUAUUUUAUUAUGGUUUGACGAUUAUUAUGUAGACAUGGCAUAUUUACUUGCUAAAAUAUCUUAUAGUUAUUCAGUUUAUAUAAGAUUCCAAAUAAAUUAACUAUAAAUGUAUUUAAUUUAAAAUGUAAUAUUAUAUGCAAUAUAAACAACACUGAUCCCAAAAUGAUGAUGUCAUUCUUAUAAAAUGUUUGUGCCUAGUCUUAAAAUAAUGUAGGCAUUGAUGUAUGAAAAAGAUGAAUACUGUCAAUUUAUGUAUAAAUUUAAUUAUUAUUUCAUUUUUUCUGUAAUCCCUGUUUUUUUAGUGGUGAAAUUUCAUUUAACUCUAUAAUACCGGGUCAGUUUAUUACAAAAACACUAUAUUCCUAUCUGUUCUUGCCGUUGCCUCUUAAAAGGCUUUUUAUGUACAAAAUUAUGCCAUAACUAUACAUAAUAAUAAGAAAACAUUUUAAAGUUUGUCUACCAAACUAAUUUAUACUUAAUUGUAAUCAUUUAUAGCUAAGUUUUCUUUUUUAAAUAUAUUUUUAUAUUACUGAGAAAGUAUACUCAUGUCGCACAGGAUUAGAUGCCUAGAUCAAUAAUUAUUAACUAUAAUUACUAUUUACUAUGAACAAACUCAACACAGAUUAGGUAUAUUUUUAUAUAUUGAAAGUUAAAUUUUCCUAGUAACUUCAUGUAAUAAUUAGUAAGGGAGGACACAAAAAGCUUAAAAAAAAAAGAAUAAUUUAUAUUAUUAUUUUAAGUAUAAAUAUUUACUAGGUUCCUGAUAAAAUUAAUACUUUUAAAGAUAAUUAUUUUUUAAAUUUUAGUAACAUUCAAAUAAAGUUAUUGGUAAUAAUUGUACGUCAAGAAUGUAGGAAUUGUGUAUAAUAAUAAUAAUGUAAACAUUGUGUAGUUAUUAUUAAAAAAAAAAAAAAAAAAUGUGAGUGUGUUUAAGCAUGCACAAAGCGG